GGAGAGACAAACUGGAUUAAACGCUGCCAGCAGCUGCAGCAGGAGGACGAGGACGAGUCCUAAAUAACCGGGAGCUCCUGCUGCUAGCAAACCGAGUCCCGAGGAGAAGAAAGGACUCGUUGAAGUGCUGCUCCAGCCAAAUAAAGUGACUCGUUUGACCUCACUUGGUGUGUCAGAGUCGCAGAGAGCAGCAGCAGCAGCAGAGACUCUGCACCGCGGCAGCUGUCCGUCAUGGCCGGAGAUAUGAUGCUGCUGAUGCGAGGGCUGGCGAAGCUGAGCAAGGCGGUGGCCGAGACUCAGAGCAACGCCCUGCGCUCCGGAGCCGGAGUGGAGGGAGUGGGAGCUGCUGUCCAGAGCGUCCAGUCUGCAGCAGAACAAGGCCUCUCUGCUGCCAUGAUGAAAAUACAGGAGAUGUCCGGCCAGCAGCAAACCUCGUCGUCGGAGUCGGACUUUGACUUUCCUCAGGACGACGCUGCGUUUGCGUCCUCAGAGUUCAGGGAGGACGGAUCGGACUUCAACGUGGAUCCUACGGGAAGCGGUGAGGACGCGGCGGCGGCAGCAGCAUCGAAUGGCGUCGGAGGGAAACAGUCGCUGUUUGACGGAUACAAAGAUCCCAGCAGCCAGUUCGGCGGACAAACCAGGUCGUACCACCAAGACGCCAGACACUUCCUGGGCCGCCAGCGUCUCUACAGCCACAGCCUGAACAGACUGGCGUGGACACAGCAGCGUUUCUACCACCAGGACCCGUCCAGCGUCGGAGGCCUGACCGCCGAGGACAUCGAGAAGGCCCGACAGAGCAAACGGCCCGAGAUGAAGCCGCACAAGCAGAUGCUCAGCGAGAGAGCCAGAGAGAGGAAGGUCCCGGUGACUCGGCUCAGCAGACUCGCCAACUUUGGAGGUCUGGCUGUCGGUUUGGGUAUCGGAGCUUUGGCCGAAGUCGCCAAGAAGACCAUCAGACACAACGGAGCUGCAGGCGAGAAUAAAAAAGCCGUUCUGGACUCGAGCCCGUUUCUGUCGGAGGCCAACGCCGAGCGCAUCGUCAGGACUCUGUGCAAAGUCCGAGGAGCUGCGCUGAAGCUGGGCCAGAUGCUCAGCAUCCAAGAUGAUGCUUUCAUCAACCCUCAGCUGGCCAAGAUCUUCGAGCGCGUCCGGCAGAGUGCCGACUUCAUGCCCAUCAAACAGAUGACAAAAGCGCUGAACAGCGACCUGGGCCCCAACUGGAGGGACAAGCUGGAGUCGUUCGAGGAGCGUCCGUUCGCGGCGGCGUCCAUCGGUCAGGUCCACCUGGCGAGGAUGAAGGACGGCAGGGAGGUGGCCAUGAAGAUCCAGUAUCCCGGCGUCGCUCAGAGCAUCAACAGCGACGUCAACAACCUGAUGACGGUGCUGAGCAUGAGCAACGCUCUGCCCGAAGGUCUGUUUCCGGAGCAUCUCAUCGACGUGAUGAGGAAGGAGCUGGCGCUGGAGUGUGACUACGUCAGAGAGGCUCAGUGUGCAAAGAAGUUCAGGGAGCUGCUCAAGGAUCAUCCCUUCUUCUACGUGCCCGAGGUGAUCGAGCAGCUGAGCAGCAGCCACGUCCUGACCACCGAGCUGGUUCCCGGGUUCCCUCUGGACCAGGCCGAGGGUCUGACGCAGGAGCUGAAGAACGAGAUCUGCCUGAACAUCCUGAUGUUGUGCCUCAGGGAGCUGUUUGAGUUCAGGUACAUGCAGACCGACCCCAACUGGUCCAACUUCUUCUACGACCCGCAGACGCACCGGGUGGCGCUGUUGGACUUUGGAGCCACGAGAGGCUUCGACAAAAGCUUCACUGACGUCUACAUAGAAGUAAUUCGUUCGGCUGCUGAGGGCGACAGAGACGGAGUUCUGAAGAAAUCCAUCGAGAUGAAGUUCCUGACGGGAUACGAGUCCAAGGCGAUGAUAAACGCCCACGUGGACGCUGUGAUGAUUCUCGGCGAGGCCUUCGCCUCCAAGGAAACCUUCGACUUCGGCUCGCAGUCGACCACCGAGCGCAUCCACAACCUGAUCCCGGUGAUGCUGAAGCACCGGCUCACCCCGCCGCCCGAGGAGACGUACUCGCUGCACCGCAAGAUGGGCGGCUCCUUCCUCAUCUGCUCGCGGCUCAACGCCAAGCUGCAAUGCAAAGACAUGUUCUCCAAGGCCUACGAGAAGUACUGGGAGGGCCGCACGCCGCCCUCGGCCUGAGCCAUGGACGGCGUGGAGCGGAGGCCACGAGUGUCUUCCCCGUUUUUGUUGGUUUUGAAACGACCUUUAUGCAUAUUUACAGCCACCAUUUUUAAUUUUUUUGGUUUGAAAGAGGGAGCAGCGGCACAUCUGCAGAGGCCAAACGUGUGCGUGUGGAUGCAGGAGAGGGAUGAAUGUAAAAAGGUUGGAGUUUUAUCUCUGCUCCGAUGAUUUCAACGGGACUCUCGCGUUUUUCUUUGCAUUUUGUGUUGCUGUGUUUUGUUGAACUUUUCGGAAAAAAAUCGCACCAACUGUCCAGUUUGUCCGUCUGCAGUGAAUCUGAUCAGAGGUCGUGUCUCACGUUGGUUCCUCUGAGGACGAAAUAGUGAAUCAGAAAUCAGUAAAGUCUGGGAUUAAAGGAGAAUCUGGUUGAUUUCUACCUGCUGAGUUUUCAUGAAUGUGUCUGUUGUGGCUCUCAGUGUUCGGUUGUCAUGAGCUCCCUGCAGCGUUGCUUCCUUUAUUUUACUUUUCACACAGAAACACAGAAACUAGCCGCCGAAAACAGACAUUUUCCAACAGUAUUGGCUUUUACUGAGCAUAUGGAGAGCUCAGAGUCCCGGUAUUUCCUUCCAGCUGAUGUUGGAGGUAAAACAGCAUCUUUUCAUCAGAGCUGCAGGUUCAUUAGUUGUACUUCCACAGCUGGAUUCCUCUCAUCUACGGACACAUGGAGGCUUUUCCAGUCCGCCAUCAGCAGGUCCCACACGUUUUGAGCCAUUUUAGAUCAUUUCUGAGCCAUUUUUGGCCAAUUUUAAGUCAUUUUUGACACAUUUGGGUUAUUAAGGAGGUCUUCUCACCAGGUUUCACUCUCUGCAGCAACAGUUUGUCUUUUUUUUUUGUAAUUUUGGAUUAAUUUAAAGUCAUUUUGGCAUAAUUCUGGCAAAAUGCUGCCUUCUUUCUGCCUCCGUCCUCACAGUAAAAGUCAGGCUCUCACAUGUAAACAAACCGCUGAAUGAAUAUGCUGGUGAUGCAGAUUGUGAAUGAAAUUGGAAAGACGUCAUUUCUAGCUUCAGUCAGAGAAAUGUCUAAAUGAGACGCGUAUCCACAACAUGGUUUUAUGUGUAUUUUUGGCGUAAAACGUUAAAGGAAAGUGCAAAAUUU